AUGACGUCCAAUGACCGACAUGCCUCUCCCGACAUGCCCUACCGUACAGGCGCUCACACUCCUCUCGCCCAGAGUCGACACGCUCCCCUGACUUCGGUCGCUACCGCCGCUGAAUCUCGCACCGACCUCAACAACCCCUACGCUCAAGACAAUGACUUUAUGCCUGCCAAUGGCCGCAUGUCGCCUAACGGUCCCUACUCGCCUGGCCUCCGCUCCACAAUGCAGCGUCAAUCCAGCUCAGGGAACCUCGAGGGUGUUGGUCAAGGCGAGAUUCAAAUGCAGAGUUUCUCCGAAGGUCUCCCCCCUCCACCGCCCGUCGGUCACUCGUGGAGACGUAUCGACCAAUGGGCUGAGCACAACCACGAAGAACUGUUCGAGAACUUGUGUGAAGGUUGCACUCAGAACGAUGUUAACGAACUCGAACACGAGCUUGACUGCACACUGCCUAUGGAGAUGCGCGAGUCCUUGAUGAUUCACGACGGUCAAGAACGUGGCGGUAGACCCACCGGUAUCCUCUUUGGCUGCAUGUUGCUCGAUUGUGAGGAGAUUGUUCAAGAGUGGAAACAGUGGGCUCGUGUUGGUGACGACUACCUCCGUGCUUCAUCUGCUCCUUUCGCUACUCCUCAGAUCCCCAACAAGGCUUUCGCUGGUUCAUCUACCCAACCCUCCGCUCCUCAACCCGCUUCGGGCGCUGGCUGGCGUUCUGAGCUCAUGUCAAAACAGGACUCUCACCCACCAAAUGCCGUGCAAAAAGCAUACGUCCACCCUGGAUGGAUUCCCGUUGCAAGAGAUUGGGGCGGUAAUAACAUCUGCAUUGACUUGGCCCCUGGUCCCGCUGGAAAGUGGGGUCAGGUUAUUCUGGCUGGUCGCGACUACGACUGCAAAUAUGUUGUCGCUCGUUCGUGGUCCGCUUUCUUGGCCAGCGUUGCCGAUGAUUUGAGCACUCCCAAGGCCGUCGUUGACGAGGAAACCGGAGAACUCACCCUUCGCGAAUUCAAGAACCAAAACGUCGAUCCUUCGUACAUGGACAUCCUGCGCUGGCGCACCGAUCAGAAGUACGGUCGUCGCAUGCCCAAGGGUGGCCGCCCACAACAACCCCUCCGUAUCAACAGCAACGUCAAGAACGAGUUCAGCAGUCUCAAUGGUUUCUCUCCUUACGCCUCUCCCACUGGUAGCGACCGUGGCCGCAGCCCUCAGCGCUUCUCUAGCAACGGCAAGGCCCCUGCAAACCAGAGCCCGCGCGGCCACGUGAGCAGCCCUCUUGCCCGUGUCGCCGAAGAAACUGGUCCCACUCUCAAAACCGACAAUCUCGAUGCCGUACUCGACACAUCCAAGAGCAACGACAACUUGAUGAGCAUGGAUUCGCCGCUUCCCCCCACCGUCGAAACUUUUGCCGACCAAGACCGCAAGGAUGAGAAGGAAAAGGCCGACUCGGCCAUCACAUCAACGGAAGAAGCGACAAAGGGUGGUGCCUCGAACGACACUGAAGAAAUGAAGACAGUUGAGAUCUAG